GGUUCCCGCAGAGGCCGGCGACGUGCUGACGCAGCACGUACGUACGACGGGAGGCGGGGCCGGCGGCCGGGCGGGCGGCUGAGGCGCGGGGCCUGGUCCCUCGGGCACCAUGGCCAAAACCGUGGCCUAUUUCUACGACCCGGACGUGGGCAACUUCCACUACGGGGCUGGGCACCCUAUGAAGCCUCACCGCUUGGCACUGACCCACAGUCUGGUCCUGCACUAUGGCCUCUACAAGAAGAUGAUCGUCUUCAAGCCAUACCAGGCCUCCCAGCAUGACAUGUGCCGCUUCCACUCUGAGGACUACAUUGACUUCCUGCAGAGAGUGAGCCCCACCAACAUGCAAGGCUUCACCAAGAGCCUUAACGCCUUCAACGUGGGCGAUGACUGCCCAGUGUUUCCCGGACUCUUUGAGUUCUGUUCCCGUUACACAGGCGCAUCUCUGCAAGGAGCAACCCAGCUGAACAACAAGAUCUGUGACAUUGCCAUUAACUGGGCUGGAGGUUUGCACCAUGCCAAGAAGUUUGAGGCUUCUGGCUUCUGCUAUGUCAAUGACAUUGUGAUUGGCAUCCUGGAGCUGCUCAAGUACCACCCUCGGGUGCUCUACAUUGAUAUUGACAUCCACCAUGGUGACGGGGUCCAGGAAGCCUUCUACCUCACUGACCGGGUCAUGACAGUGUCCUUCCACAAAUAUGGAAACUACUUCUUCCCCGGCACAGGUGACAUGUAUGAAGUUGGAGCAGAGAGUGGCCGCUACUACUGUCUCAAUGUACCCCUGCGGGAUGGCAUUGAUGACCAGAGUUACAAGCACCUUUUCCAGCCGGUUAUCAACCAGGUGGUGGACUUCUACCAACCCACAUGCAUUGUUCUUCAGUGUGGAGCUGACUCCCUGGGCUGUGACCGAUUGGGCUGCUUCAACCUCAGCAUUCGAGGACACGGGGAAUGCGUCGAAUAUGUCAAGAGCUUCAAUAUUCCUCUCCUGGUGCUAGGUGGUGGUGGUUAUACUGUCCGAAAUGUUGCCCGGUGCUGGACGUAUGAGACAUCGCUGCUGGUAGAGGAGGCCAUUAGUGAGGAGCUCCCCUAUAGUGAAUACUUUGAGUACUUUGCCCCAGAUUUCACGCUCCAUCCAGAUGUCAGCACCCGCAUCGAGAAUCAGAACUCGCGCCAGUAUCUGGACCAGAUCCGCCAGACAAUCUUUGAAAACCUGAAGAUGCUGAACCAUGCACCUAGUGUCCAGAUUCACGAUGUGCCCGCAGACCUCCUGACCUAUGACAGGACUGAUGAGGCUGAUGCAGAGGAGAGGGGUCCUGAGGAGAACUAUAGCAGGCCAGAGGCACCCAAUGAGUUCUAUGACGGAGACCAUGACAACGACAAGGAAAGCGAUGUGGAGAUUUAAGAGCAGCUGGGCUUGCUGUGUCCCCAAGGAAUUCCUUCUUACCUUGGGUGGGAGGAAAGAGGUGUGGGUCCCCGCGCUCUGGACCUGUUGCCUUCAGUGGUUUUACCAAUGAUGGGGGACUGUUCGGAGACCACAUCUGGUUCUCAAACCAACUAUCUCCUUUCUUCUCCCUCCUAAGGCCUGACAAUGGUACCUAUUUGGGAUUGGAUGGGAUAAGGAUAGCUCUCUGUAGAACAUCUUGGGCAGUGGGCCCUGGAUGCCAGUCCCAGCCCUUCUGGCCUCCUUAUCCCUUCCCUGCUUCCCUCUAGCUCAGAGACUUCUAGCGAUGAAGGAGUAAUCAGGACUGAGGUUGCCUCUGGCUUCCUCCUCUCAUGGGUUCUACUGCAAGCCUUCCUUCCAGUGCAGUGAAGAGUGAGGGGUUUUAGAGAGCCAGAGCUUAUUUAACCCCUUAUCCCCAGAUGAUGGCAAGUACAAAUAUGUUGCACAGGAGGAUGUGAAAAUGUCCUGUUCUAAGUUUUGGCUUUAUGUUCAUUUUACCACUGUUUUUAUCCAAUAAACCAAGUUGGUAUUUUUUUGUA